CAACGAACGGUUCAUCCAAUUCACAGAAAAACGUUUCGAUAAAAAAUUUUGUUCAACCAAAUCAAUUCCUUCCUUCAACCUGGAAUGCAUUGGGUUAAAUAAAUACACAGAGUGCUUAUCAGAACGGACAGAAUUCCUGGAAAACCUUGGCUAACAGUGUGGACUGGAAUGGACGAUAGAUAAUGAACUGCAAACAAGUGAUAUACUGUGUAUGUACAUAUUUCAUUGCAUAUGAUGCCUAGUUAGGUUAGAAUCGCAGUUGGAUUAGUCGAGGUACACCAGCAAGUGAAUGCGAGUGAAUCAAGUUUCUAUCUCUUCAAAUUGUCAGGCAAGAAGUAUAAAUAAAUCAUCCAACAGUAUUAUUCUCAGAAAAUAUAAUAACUCCUAACAUUCCCUGUUAAUUAAUCUGUGUAUCCGUAAUUCGUCCAAGCGCAUUUAAAAUUGAAACUAAUUGAUUCAAGUUGAAGCAAGUAAACAAGGAUGGUGGACUCAACCCGGAAAUAUCUUCACGAAAGGGGUCAUGAUGUGUUCGAAGUCGUUGAGGAUGUUAAACAAUUUUGCUCCCCGAUUGAAAAACGGAUCUUAUCCCCAGAACAACUCCUAUCUAUUCAGAAAUUCAGUCGAGAUUGCCAACAGUACCUGGAGAAUGGAGCCGCCAUCACCAGAACAAUUCCCCCUUUGAAACCAUGGGCGUUGAUCCAGUUGGAGGACACCAUGCGGAAAAUGCGGAGCGAAUUGAGAAUUAUUGAUGCGGUGGUUUUGGCAGCGGUAGGCGAUUCCUCGUCCACGAUUUCUCUACUAGGCGGUGCUGCCGGGAAACCUGUGGCGACCCUAGUGGUCGCUGGGGCGUUGAAAGGAGCCAUUAUUGGAACCCCGUUGUGUGGAAUUGAUGUCGGAAUUGUAGCUGGGAUAGGGGCAAUUGUUGUAAUUCUAACGAGCUUGGCGUCCCAUUCUGACAAAUUGGAAUCCAACGAGGUGAAAAUCCUGCUUCAAAACUUGGCAAAUUUAGUAGAAAAUGUCAAACGGAUGAAUGGGUUGAUGAGGGAAGCGUAUGGGAUGAGCAGCGACAGGACUAAUAAAGGGGAGGAGUGGAGUAAAACCAACAAAAUUUCCGAGGUUGAUUAUUUGAUUGAUUGAUAAUGGGUUGAUCCACUUUUAUAAAGGUCGAUGUAAUAAUUGGCUAAAUUUACAGGUGUUUACAGCGUAUUAAUUCAUUUAUUAAUUUAUUAAGUCAUUUAUUAAUUUAUUCUAAUCAUAAUAACCUUAAUUUAAUUAAUUAACUAAUUAAUUCAUUCAUUCAUUCUUUCAUUCAUUCAUUCAUUCAUUCAU